AUGGAUGAUAUUAUUCUUACGGGUGAUGACCUUACUGAAAUUUCUGCCCUUAAGGAGUUCUUUAACGACCAAUUUAAAAUCAACGAUUUGGGUUUACUCAACUAUUUUCUUGGAAUUGAAGUUUUCUAUGAUAAUUCUGGGGUUAUUCUUCAUCAACGAAAGUUUAUUGCUGAUUUACUUCGUGAAUUUGGUUGUGAUUCUGCUUCUGCUGUGGUUUCUCCUCUCGAAUUGGGUGUCAAGCUGAAAUUUGAUGAUGGGGAGUUAUUGCCUAGGCCUGACACUUAUAGAAGUUUAGUUGGUAAACUUAACUUUCUCACCCAUACUAGACCUGAUUUGUGUUAUGCUGUACAACACUUAAGUCAGUUUCUCAAGUGUCCUAGGGUGCCUCAUAUGAAUGCUGCUCUUCACAUUUUGAGAUAUUUGAAAGGCACUCUUGAUUUUGGGGUCUCUCUUAGUACCCCUUCUAAUUUUUCUUUACUUGCCUAUUGUGAUAGUGAUUGGGCUGCGUGUUCUGAGUCUCGUAGGACUGUUUCUGGUUUUUGCAUAACUCUGGGUAGUAGUUUAAUAAGUUGGAAAUCUAAGAAACAGACUGUUGUUUCAUUAUCCUCUGCUGAGGCUGAGUAUCGGGCUAUGAGUAAGGUUGUGGCUGAAUUGGUUUGGUUGGUUCAUUUGCUCACUGAUUUGGGAAUUCCUUCUGUGUCUCCUGUUCCUGUAUAUUGUGAUAAUCUGGAUGCCUUGCAUAUUGCGGAAAAUCCCGUGUUUCACGAACGUACUAAGCACAUUGAAGUGGACUCCCAUUUCAUAAGGACAAAGUUAGCUGACGGCCUAAUUUCUUUACAUCAUAUCUGCACUACUUCUCAACUGGCUGAUAUUUUUACCAAGUGUUUGACAGGUGGACAACAUCAUUUGUUGCUUGGCAAGUUGGGUGUGAGCGCACCCUCCAACUUGAGAGGGGGUGUUGGGGUUACAUAA